UGUGUAAAAAAGGAGGGAGAAGAAACAGCGACAACUGCAUCUCCACUCAUAUGGCGGAAGUGUCGACUCCCUAUAUAAAGGGAUUAUGAAGCCUUAGGGGUUUUUAGUUUACUUCGAACUUUGGUUCUCCUCGGCCAUAGGAGUUUGAGCUCUUCCUACCUAGAUCAACAAUGUGUGACGAAGAAGUUAGCCCCUUGGUGGUCGACAAUGGCUCUGGAAUGGUCAAGGCUGGGUUUGCCGGGGACGAUGCCCCGAGAGCAGUCUUUCCUUCCAUUGUCGGACGUCCUCGCCAUCAAGGUGUGAUGGUUGGAAUGGGUCAAAAGGACGCCUACGUGGGCGAUGAGGCCCAGAGUAAACGAGGUAUUCUCACUCUCAAAUACCCCAUUGAACAUGGCAUUAUCACUAAUUGGGAUGAUAUGGAAAAAAUUUGGCAUCAUACUUUUUACAAUGAGCUCAGAGUGGCUCCGGAAGAGUCUCCGGUCCUCUUGACAGAAGCCCCUCUCAAUCCAAAGGCAAACCGCGAGAAAAUGACCCAAAUUAUGUUCGAAACUUUUGUAACACCUGCCAUGUACGUUGCAAUUCAAGCCGUUCUUUCCUUGUAUGCAUCUGGGCGAACAACGGGUAUUGUACUUGACUCAGGUGAUGGUGUGACCCACACUGUCCCCAUCUAUGAAGGUUACGCUCUUCCUCAUGCCAUCCUUCGGUUAGACUUGGCUGGCCGUGAUUUAACCGCUUACCUCAUGAAAAUCAUGACUGAGAGAGGCUACUCCUUCACAACUACGGCUGAGCGUGAAAUUGUUCGUGAUAUUAAGGAAAAGCUAUGUUACGUCGCACUCGACUUCGAAAAUGAAAUGAAUAUUGCUGCUGCAUCCUCAUCACUUGAAAAAUCUUAUGAAUUGCCCGAUGGACAGGUCAUCACAAUGGGAAAUGAACGUUUCCGUGCCCCUGAAUCACUCUUCCAGCCAUCCUUCUUGGGUAUGGAAUCCGUUGGUAUCCACGAGACCGUCUACAACUCCAUCAUGAGGUGCGACAUUGAUAUCAGGAAGGACCUGUUCGCCAACAAUGUGCUCUCUGGUGGUACCACCAUGUACCCUGGUAUUGCUGACAGGAUGCAGAAGGAAAUCACUGCCUUGGCUCCUUCCACUAUCAAGAUCAAGAUCAUCGCUCCCCCUGAGAGGAAGUACUCCGUCUGGAUUGGUGGUUCUAUUUUGGCUUCUUUGUCUACCUUCCAGUCCAUGUGGAUCACCAAGGAAGAGUACGACGAGUCCGGGCCCGGAAUUGUCCAUCGCAAAUGCUUCUAAAUUUGUAGCCUUAAACAAAAAUAACGGUGCCCUUACCAUCACUUUAUUAAAAGAUAAAAGACACGGAAAUAAAAAUAUUUCUGAAUAA